CCAUGUUCGCCAUAGUGAGAUUCGGAGACUGCAUCGAUCUUGUGGAUGAAAAGGGCACCCUGAUGAACCUGAGCAAAGUGGAAGAUCCUGCAUCUGAUUAUGCCAGUAAAUACCUGCAGGGAAGGCAGCACUACAUCCUCAUCAGAGUUGUCCGAGAAGAAAACUCUGAAGCCACCCUCUAUGAAUCCUUGCUAGAGGACCUGGAGAAACACUACCCUGACCUACCAGAUCAGCUGCAGCAGCUUUCAGGAAAGACCGAGAGGACAGACCAGAAGAAGGACUCCUUGGAGAUGGCUCAACCUCACAACAGCACCCAAGCCAGGAACAAGACCACCUUACAGAGAAAGAGGAGCUUGGAGUUCAAGAACACCCUGAAAUGA